GCAGAUCUUGUGCAAGUCACAAUGAAAAUUUAUGCAGAUUUUGUGCAGAUAUUUUAGUACAAUAAAAUUUGUGCAUGAAAAGUAAACAUUAUGCACUAACACAUAUUUACAAGUCUAUUUGUACAAAAUGUUUACCAACUUUGUACGUAUUUCUGGGCAUCUACUUAGUAAUUAAAUAUAUGUAUAAGUUUUAUGCAAACUUAUCUACAUUAAAAUUGUACCAUAAAAUCUGUAUCAAAUAUGCACCAAAUAUGCACCAAAUAAUAUAUGAAUUCUGCUGCAGAUUUCCAUGCACCAAACUAGCAUCAAAUAUGCACAAAGAAAAAAAGGGUGAUCAGGCGCCAUCUUCAUGCUACACAGUUCUCUACUCAUUUCCUACAGCCGUCAAAACGUGGUUUUCUUCUUUCUUAAAAUAUUAAAUAAUUAAUUAAUAUGGAAAAAUUGGUUCAAAGUGCAGACCAAAGUGAUAAAACUUUCACGGUGGUCGAGUUUCACUUAGAUAAUGGAGUAAGUGUUGUUCCAAGUUCUUGGAUAUCGGAAAAAGUAGGAAAAAAGUUUUGUCCGUUUCCUGAUCCGAUUCCGAAGGAUUUUGAAAGUAUUCAAUCCAACCUAAAUAGUGUUCCUGGCCAGGAUUGGAUUACUUAUGAAGUCACUUGUGUCAGAGUUCAUGAUAACUACAAAAGAGCACAGGGAAAAGCAAAAAAGCACAUUAGGAAUCAACAGGUUGACUCGACUGAUGCAGAAUCAGGACGAGGAAAACGAUUUCGAAAAAAUGAAGAAGUCCUUGUCACCCCGGCCGUAUCAGAACCACCUCCGUCGUUGCUUCAUCAAAUAAAUAGUGGCUCGAGUCGGCAAGUGAACGGUCCUGCUGAAAUCCCAAACGAUCAACAGCUGCAGACCCUACAAAUUCCAUACAUACGAGUUGAGGCGGAUCAGCAACUCUCAGAGCUAUUUUCAGAAUUUAGAAAUUUUCAAGAAGAAUCAUUACGAAACCAAGCAUUUUUACUGGAACGAGUGCAAAAUUUGGAGAAUCUUCUAUUGAACUCAUUACAAAAUCGAGGUGCCAACUCCCGCUGGGCUGGAUGGAAAUGGCCAAUUAAAACAACAGCUGACGUGGAUGCAGUCGAAUUAUGGUUAUUGGACCCACGCAACUACCAGGAAGAAGUUUUGAUAUUGUCAAAAGUUGGUGGUAAUUCCGGUGGCACAAAGUGUGUUUACGACACCCUUGAUUGGAUGAUUUGUCAUCAACUGGCGCUGACCCUUCGCUAUACCAGUAAGAGUGGAAAAACAGCUAUUCGUAAAACUUACUCGUGAGUCCGUCAGACUAUCAAAUCCUGGAUUAACGGAUCGCCAGAUCAAUCGCUUCAUUGCUUCCUGGUUUCGACAGUCCUCACAACGUGAUAAAUCGAGAAAUGAAAACAAAACUGGUCACCCCACGCAGAACACUGCAACGGCGAGCGGAGAGGGUGGUCACCGCGGCACUCAAGAGAAUUCGAACUCAACGAACUCAACGUACGACAACGAUUCUGGCAGAGACGAGUAAUGAAGACGAAUCAAACAACCAGCAUUCUCGUCACAUCGCUAAUUUAGAACAUGUAGAAAGUAAUUUGCAAAUUGAGGAAGCUGAAAAUCUUAUGCCAACUUGUUCUGUUAUCCCACCAAUUAAUAAUAAGUCUAAAUUAAUUCAGUUAGGUAAAUGGGCAACCGAGUUUAAUAUUAGUCAUAUCGCUCUGUCAAAACUAUUAUAUUUAGCCCGUGAAUGGCUGCCUCAUGAGGGGUUUCCAAUGGAUCCUAGAACACUUUUAAAAACUAAACGGGUCAUAGAAAUUAGGGAUAUUGAAGGGGGAAAAUUUUAUCACUUCGGAAUCCUCAAACAUAUUAAUGAAGUAAUAGAAUCGGGGAACUUAUUAGAUUUUACAAUUCCCAAUUUGAGCAAUUUUCUAGAAUUACGGAAUCUUUUAACACUUAAAAUUGGAAUAGAUGGGUUGCCAAUUUCCAGAAGUUCAAACAAGCAAUUUUGGCCAAUUUUAGGGAAGCUGGAUCAAGAUCCAAGAUCGAGAGUUUUUAUAAUUAGUUUAUUUUAUGGAUCUCAAAAGCCACAAAGUUUAGAAACCUUCUUGGGUCCAUUUGUCAAAGAAAUGCUAAAAUUGGAGCAAAAUGGUGUGCACGCUAAAGGCUGUCAUUAUUCAGUUAGGAUUCGCUGUCUUGUAGCUGAUGCGCCGGCUCGCAGCUUUCUUAAGCGAAUAAAAGCCCACAAGGGAAAGGUAUUACGCCAGGCAUAACAUGGAGGAAGGCAGCGUCGCAAAUUUAGUCAUUCCACACUUCGUAAAGGAAUUAGGAGGAUUUUGUUACACAGUUUUGUCCCGAUUUUAUACAUUUAUUCCGGUAAAGUUUCACAUUUUGAAUUACAAAUCUUCAGAUUAUUUCCACCCAGAAGCUGCCUUUUACGCCGACAAAUUUCCACAACAUGUACAACAUUUAUUAUAUUCCGUGAUGAAUCCAAGGGUUCGAUGGAAUCCGGAAAAAUUGCCGUUGUCGGAAGAUUUUACAUAAAAAGGAGUAAAUCAGAUGGUCGAGGAGGAAAUUUUAAAGUGUCAUAGAUCCGCUUAUAUCGGACCAUCGAGGGAGGUGGAUGUCUACUAUGAAUAUUUGAAGAGACAUUUUCCCACCAAAAAGUGGUAUCGUGGAGGGAAAACGAUUUUUGAAAGGCGGUUCGGAUUUAUGUUCACCGUGUGGCGGGAAUCGCGGAUGGUCCGAUAUUUUAAAUUGUUCGUGGAUUCUGGGAUUUACAACCGGGUUUCUAAUCAGGUCGCGCUCAAUGCGAACAUCCUUCGAGAAAGGGAGGCGAAUUUAGGGAAAAGUGAGAAAUUUCGGUAUGCCGAAAUGUCCUUCAAGGUGGUGCAGCUUGGUGAUAGUAUUCAAACUGUUUUCAUUCUGCUCGCCAUCUGUUUAGGGGUCUCUUGUUGUGUCGUCGUUUUCGAAUGCGGGAAAUAUAAUCGGGCAGCCAUUGCGAAAAGGGGUGCACUAAUUUGUGCUAGAAUUAUAAAAACUGUGCAAAGAUGUCGGAAGAAAACACGGCCCGCAGUGUGAUCCCACAGUUUUUAGCAUUCGGUGCAAGAUGAUUACCAUGCGGUUUACAUGAAAAAUGUUUAUAUAUGUAUCCUUAGGUAACAUGUAUCCUUAAUAUGAUAAUUUUUAUAAUAAUGUGUGCAUAAUAAUAAUAUGAUAAUAUGUAUCCUUAGAUACAAACAUAUAUUUGUAUGUAUCAUCCUGCCCAUCCAUAUUAGUAGUGCACACUACUACGUUUGGUUUAUCAGCAUGGCUGGUUAUCUAAUCAUGUGGAAAACCGAGCCACAUUUGUCUCAUUUUUCCACCUCAGCUUAUGCAUAAGCUGAAUUUUGUAUAGUAUCGUCGCCGGGCUAUUAACGUCUGUGGAUCUGGCAAAAGUCCGGCAUAUCUACGGAUAAUUAUAUGCUCUUAAAUAUGUACAGUAUCCAAUUCACGAAUAAGACUAACUCAGAUCUUAAGUUUAUGCUUAAACUCCACGAAGUAGAAAUUAGAUAUUGCAAAUUUACACUUGCAGAUUAUGUAAAAAAUUUUGCAUAAUAAUAACUUGAUAAUUCGCACAGUGUUUUACAGUCAAAUUUUUAUUGUUUAGUUAAUAUGCAAGCAAAAUUUAUUUUGAAAUAAAUAAGUUCAUAUUACUUAUAAAACAUUGACUUUGAAUUUACCUGUCGCGUAAAGUAUUUAAAUAUUUAAAACUAUUAAAGUCGAACUUUGUAAUGGAAGUGGUGUGACCAACAAUAAUUAUGCAACAUUGCGUAAGAACCAAUGCAAAUUGGCGAGAUAUACUUUUAUGCAUGCACAAAUGAUAAGAUAUGAUGACAGAGUGAUAAACUAAU